AUGCCAUCGGUAAUGGUCAGAGUCAUGAACUCAAUGAUUCGGUGGCUGUGCGAGCCCCCACGACGAUGUUCGGAAGACUCUAUACAUAGGACGAGCUUCGAUCUGUCCGGCUUCUACACACGUUGGACCAGAGAGCAAUAUAUAAGGAGUUCAGUGGUCUCCCAUCGUUACCCGAAGCCGCUCAACAUGAAGACUGCUGCGAUUCUCUCCUUCGUUGCACUGUUUGCACUCGGCCAAAGCCAAAGAAUCGUCCUCACCAACGAUGACGGGUGGGCAGUUACAAUGAUUCGUGCUCAGUACGACGCGCUCAAGGCUUCCGGGUUUUCUACUGUUCUUUCAGCACCAGCGGAAAACCAGUCUGGCAAAGGGUCAUCAUCUGCCCCUCCAACUGCUUUGGAACAACCAUGUCAAUUCGACACCUGUCCCGUCGGCUCUCCACCCGAAGGGUCGGAACCAGAUGAUCCCAACAUCAAUUAUGUGAAUUCGUUCCCUGUCGACGCUGCCCGAUUCGGUAUUCAAACACUCUCCUCGCAACUUCUGGGAGACGCACCCGACUUUGUCGUGAGCGGUCCAAAUAUCGGAAAUAACUUAUUCUCACUUGGAGGAUCUGGAACAGUUGGCGCAGCAAGCGAGGCAGCUCUUGAGGGUAUUCCCUCUACCGCGUUCUCGGCAGGCUCAUCGGUCCAGUCGGUUUCCUACACUACUCUGACGACCGAUCCAGAUUCGGACGGGUCAAAGGCUGCACGAGUUUAUGCAGAACUCACCGUCAAAUUCACCAACGCUCUGCUAGCGGGUCCAAAACCAAUUCUUCCCCCGAACAUCAGUGUCAACGUGAACUACCCUCCAGUUACAGACUCUUGUGCAACUGCGUCCGACUUCAAGUUCGUAUUGACGAGAGUUACGCCGGACUUUAAGGGCGACGACGUCAAACAAUGUGGAGUAACACUGCUUCCCGACGAGACCAGUGUCAUCGUUGCGGACACUCUGCUUUCAUACUGUUUCGUCACUGUCAGUGUGAUAGAUGCUCGUAUCAAGAAGGAUGUGGAUGCUGCUACGCAGCAGGUUGUUCGCGAUAGGCUGUCGAGUUUUCUUUCGUGUUUGAUUCAGAUAUAA